CGGGAAUUUGGAAGCGAAGCGAGCGGACAUGGAGCCUCACCUCUACACAUCCUCAUUCAUUCGGUUUCAUUUGCUACCUCUUUGUAGGCUAUCCCCAGAUUACACUAUUCCAUGGACUGUGGGACUUGCGACUUUCGUUUUUUCUCCUCAGAAUAGUAUACCUUACCACGUUUUUACUGGGAAGGUCGUCGCGGAGAUAUGUUAUAUGAUAGAUGAUGAUAUGAUGCUGAUGAGGGCUCGCGUAUUUUGGGUUUCGGACUUAAUGGUGGUGGGUUUGGCGAUUUACAUCAUAACUGGGAGACUGGUGAAUUUCGGGUAUCAAGGUGGACGGCGUGCCCUGUCUGAAGUUUCCGUUCACCUGGCUGAGCUGGUCCUGUUGUGUUGUGUGAUUUGGUGGUCGCCACAUUCAACUACACACUACAUAUCGAGAUGAUCUCUGACGGAGAUCGAAGACGACUGACUAUCCAGCGAAAGAAGCAGUCUUGUUCUGUUCCAUUCACUGAUGCAUCAGCUACUUUAAACCAUAGCCCCCUCUACAAACACAAGCCCCUACAAAAGUCUUCGCUUGAUUCCCCAAGUGCCGUCAAGCGCCCGCAGUGAUAUCGCACAAGAGCCUCCAUGUACUGACAUAACACCCCGCCGAAGGACUUCCUUCAUUCGUAAACAUCCAAGGUGAAGGACAAAAGAUAGAAAAAUACAGAACAAUACGCACGAUAAGUCCGUAGAAAAGUAAAAAUAUCAGAAGUAUAAGUUAAGCAGAUAACCAACCCCGAC